UGCUUUUAACCCAAAAUGUUGGCAGAGGUAUUGGAUUACCAUGGACACAAAAUCAGUGACCCAUAUUGCUGGCUUGAAGAUCCUGACAGUGAGCAGACAAAGGCGUUUGUGGAGGCUCAGAACAAGCUUACAGUACCCUUUCUUGAGCAGUGCCCUGUCAGAGGACUAUUCAAAGAACGAAUGACUGAACUCUAUGAUUAUCCUAAAUACAGUUGCCACUUCAAGAAAGGAAAAAGGUAUUUUCACUUUUACAAUACAGGACUACAGAACCAGAGAGUUUUAUAUGUACAAGACUCCUUGGAUGCUGAUGCCAAAGUUUUUCUUGAUCCAAAUAAGCUUUCUGAUGAUGGCACUGUGGCUUUACGAGGUUAUGCAUUCAGUGAAGAUGGUGAAUACUUUGCAUAUGGCCUGAGUUCUAGUGGUUCUGAUUGGGUUACUAUCAAGUUUAUGAAAGUGGAAGGUCCUGAGGAACUUCCAGAUAUGCUGGAAAGAGUUAAAUUCAGCUGCAUGGCAUGGACCCAUGAUGGAAAAGGCAUGUUCUAUAACUGCUAUCCAAAACAAGAUGGGAAAAGUGAUGGUACUGAGACCUCCACUAAUCUGCACCAAAAGCUGUAUUAUCAUGUAUUAGGAACUAACCAAUCAGAAGAUAUCCUGUGUGCUGAAUUUCCCCAUGAACCAAAAUGGAUGGGUGGAGCUGAGAUAUCUGAUGAUGGUCGAUACGUCUUGCUGUCCAUUCGAGAAGGGUGUGAUCCAGUGAACAGACUGUGGUACUGUGAUCUCCAGGCAGAGUCUCAGGGUAUAUCAGGAAUUCUUCAGUGGGUGAAGCUGAUAGAUAACUUUGAGGCUGAGUAUGAGUAUGUCACCAACGAAGGAACAGUAUUCACUUUCAAGACAAACCGUCAUUCUCCAAAUUACCGAUUAAUCAACAUUGACUUCAGUGACCCAGAGGAAUCCAAAUGGAAAGUUCUCAUCCCUGAGCAUGAAAGAGAUGUUUUAGAAUGGGUUGCUUGUGUGAGGUCCAACUUUCUCGUUUUAUGCUAUCUGCAUGAUGUGAAGAAUAUCCUGCAACUUCAUGAUUUAGCCACUGGUACACAUCUCAAGACUUUCCCAUUAGAGGUUGGGAGUAUUGUGGGAUAUAGUGGUCAGAAGAAGGAUAGUGAAAUAUUCUAUCAAUUUACUUCAUUUUUAUCUCCAGGUAUUAUAUAUCACUGCGAUCUGACUAAAGAGGAACUGGAGCCAAGAGUUUUUCGGGAGGUGACUGUGAAAGGAUUUGAUCCUUCGGUUUACCAGACCAUUCAGGUUUUCUAUCCUAGCAAAGAUGGUACUAAGAUCCCCAUGUUUAUUAUUCACAAGAAAGGAAUUAAAUUGGACGGUUCUCAUCCUGCCUUCUUGUAUGGAUAUGGAGGCUUCAACAUAUCAAUUACCCCAAGCUACAGUGUGUCAAGACUUAUUUUUGUGCGACACCUGGGGGGUGUUCUAGCAGUGGCGAACAUCAGGGGUGGUGGUGAAUAUGGAGAGACCUGGCACAAAGGUGGUAUCUUGGCCAACAAACAAAAUUGCUUUGAUGACUUUCAGUAUGCUGCCAAAUACCUCAUCAAAGAAGGCUACACGUCUCCAAAGAAGCUGACUAUUAAUGGAGGUUCAAAUGGAGGCCUCUUAGUUGCUGCCUGUGCUAAUCAGCGUCCUGACCUUUUCGGCUGUGUUAUUGCCCAAGUGGGAGUGAUGGAUAUGCUAAAGUUCCACAAGUACACCAUUGGCCAUGCUUGGACUACUGACUACGGUUGCUCUGACCAUAAGGAGCAGUUUGAAUGGCUAUGCAAGUAUUCUCCACUUCACAACGUUAAACUACCAGAAGAAGAUGGCAUCCAGUAUCCCUCUACACUGCUGCUCACAGCAGACCAUGAUGAUCGUGUGGUCCCUCUACACUCACUGAAGUUUAUUGCUACUCUGCAAUAUGUUGUGGGUCGAAGCCGUAAACAAACCAAUCCACUUCUCAUCCAUGUUGACACCAAAGCUGGACAUGGAGCAGGAAAGCCAACUGCUAAAGUUAUAGAAGAAGUGUCAGAUAUGUUUGCUUUUAUAGCACGUUGCCUAAAUCUUGAUUGGAUUGAAUAGGCAAAAUGCUUAUUACUUUCUCCUUUAGGAAAAAAAGAAGGGCUUUAACACCAUUUAAGACCAACCAGAUACUACUUGGUGUAGUACUUACAUUUAAGAACUACAGUUCAAUAUUUUAUUGAUCCAACCUGCUAUGGAAUUUUGAUCUGUGCUUCCCUUUUUUUAGAAUUUCUUUGAAUUUCUUUUCUACUGCAUUUCAAAGUACAUAUUAAGUAGCAUGUUCAAAUACAUAGCUGAGCUACUGUCAGUGUUGUUGUGAACAUCUAGAUUCCAGAUUUAGUGUUAGUUGAGCUAAUUUCAUGUAAACAAUUUUAAUGUAUUUUACACCUAUAAACAUAUCCAGAUCAUCUAUAAUUAAAUGUAAGUACUGUCCGCAUACAAAAACUCUGAGCAUACUUUAUUUACACAGUAACUUAUUGAAAAAUGGAAAUGUAAAAUGUUCUUUGAUAAUCAUGAAAUAUCGAGGAGAUAGUAGUCUAGGUAAUUAAUUACCCAGAUAUUAUUUAAAAAAUUGUAUUACUUCAUACUGUUUGUAACAGUGUUAUUACAGUUAUAAUAAUGUUACUAAAUUGUCUUUUCUUACCACAAAGACUUGAAAAUGUCCAUUUUCUCUUCUGUUGUUUAUUUUCACAAAGAAGAGAAAAUUGGAGGCAGGAAAACUUGAAGAACUCUUCAGGUACUCAAUUAUCAGUCAAGGUAUGCAUAUACACUUCAUAGUGUUGCCUUUCUACUGUUAAUUCUUCAACUAUUUUUAAACUGUAGACAGAUUUGUCUAGAUUGUUCAAAUUCAGAUUUUCCCAAUGCAUAUGACAGGAUAUUCUUUAAGGUGCCAAAAUUUGAAGAUACAUACAUAGCCUUGUCCUGGCUGCAAAACAACAAAAGCAUAUAAGCAGACUUCCUAGUGAAUUGACAUGCACGCAGUACCUGAACUGCCAUUUCAUUAAUCUGAUUAGGUUGUAGAGCUAUUAAAUAUGAGUAGAAGUUGUCUAGUAGCUGUCUAAACUGUGAUGUGCUGCAGCAAGCAGAUUUUUAUUUUGGGGACAGAAAGGUUUUCUACCAUUGACUAUUAGUCUUGUUCCCAUCAAGCAAAUACUACUGCUUCUCAGUUUUGGAUAAACUGAUACUCUCUUCCAGUAUUAUGUUUGUCAUCAUAUUCAUACUUGGAUCCCAAGGCUUUUGGAAUUUUUGAGCUAUUUGAGCUCUGAGCUCAAGAGCUUUAUCUCUAAGCAAGUAAUGUCUCAACUUGGGAAGAGGGAGUGGUAUUUAAAAAGUGAGUAGGCUGCUGAUUAUCUGUACCAAAUUCAUAUUGUUUCUUUCACUCUGAGGGACUCUUCCUGAUUCACUCUGUAGCCUGGGAAGGAUCAUGCCUCCAAAGCCCUUAUAAAGUACAAUCUGAUUUGGGGGGAUGGAGGGGGGUGGGGAAGAGGGAUUUCUGCUUUCAUAACAAGUACCAUACCGAUAAACCUGUAUGUGAUCUGAAGCUUAUUUGUGAACCCUGGACAUUAUUUUUACCAAAUAAUGUAUGGAUUGCUGUAUUUGAUCACAGCAUCGAAUU